GAGCGUGUCAGUGGUCCAGACUAGCAGACGGCAAAGAUUUUGUUUUCUGUCGCUGGUCGACGAAACUCAUGAGGUGAGGAAACAGUCCUUUGAAAAAUCAUUUUCAUCGCUCCCCAGAAUUAACAAAUAUCUUCAACACUUUUCGGACAUGUUUCUUGUGCCGUACAUCUGGACUGCCUUGAUCUUACCAUGUGCCUGGGCACAAAACAGCAUGGCGAGUGUGGUUGUGGAGGCAAGGAACAUUACGGUUCCGGCUGGGUCUGAUGUUCUACUGCCGUGUCACAACCAGCAGAUGGUUUGGAGACAGGAUCGCCUGCGGGACCGUCAGCGUGUCGUUCACUGGGACCUGAUCCGGAACCAACCCGAUUACACUGUGGAGCGCAUUUUAGAUAUGUUCUCAGGGGGAAGAGAGCGUUUGUACAACGACUACAACAGGGGCCGAAUUACUAUUUCAAAAGACGCCUUCAGCGACGGAAAUUUCUCUCUAGUUAUUAAUAAUGUGGACAUGAAUGAUAAAGGUAUCUAUACCUGCAACCUACAUCACCACUACUGCAAGGUCGACCGGUCCAUUCAAAUCCAGCUCAACGUCACUAAAUCACCUCGAAAGGAAAGGCGUGUCUGGAAUGGUGAUAAAUCCGUGUUUGUGGUUCUGGUGGGGAAGAGUGUGGUUCUUCCCUGUGUGAACCGCAGACAAUUAUGGACAGACAGUCAGAGGAGAGAGGACCAGCAGCAGGUGGUCCACUGGGACUGGCAGGCACCUGGGGUCACCCGUGACCGAGCAGACCGCCUCAUUGACAUGUAUGCCUCCGGAGAGAAUAGGCAAUAUGGGCCACUCUUCCUCCGGAAUAAGAUGAACAUCUCAAGCCAUGCCUUCUCCAUGGGGGAUUUCUCCCUGAGCGUCCACAACAUUCAGCCCUCUGAUAAAGGCCUGUAUUCCUGCCACCUUCACCAUCACUACUGUGGCCUGCACGAAAGACGAAUCUUUAGGGUGAUCGUCGGCCCUUCUGUCCAGACUUCGCCCCCGGCGCGUGCCUCUACCGAUGCACCAAAAACUCAUUUUUCUUAUCCUGUCCCACCUGCUGAUGACCCAAAUACAAACAUGGUCGAAGCGCCUCACGUCCUCAAUGUAAUUCUGCCUGAGAAUCAAACUCACCUCUUGCACCAAGUGGGCUACAUCCUGGCAAUCUUCCUGCUGCUUCUGUUAAUGUUCAUUGGCAUCAUUAUGACCACGAGGCACUGCAGAAAAAAAAGGCCUGUGUCAGAGUUUGAGGUUCGAUGGUCUGAACGGGGUCGGAGGACAUCCAUCGAGCUUGAUGCCACAGAACUGCAACCCUACAAUCAGGAGGACUUGCAACUGGACUACAAGAACAACAUAUUAAAGGAAAGGGCGGCGGCAAACAACUAUCCCUCUCCGAAGGUUAUUGAUCUAAACAGAGAAAUGGAGAGAAUGUCAUGGAAGUGAUUCAUAGUGAGCUCCUGGCUGGUCCAGAGCGUUCUGAAUGAGGAGACAUUCAUGGACUUUACAUUUACAUUGGAGUUACUGUCUUUCUACAGCAUAAUUACUGCUUACAUGAUCUCAUAAUACUCAAAUUCUGUUGAAAUUGGUAAGUCAAUUUAAUUGAUAUAUUUUUCUUAUCAUAAUUCCAGUGUACCGUAAUGGUAAUCUAUCGAAUGAUCAAGUUAUAAGCAUAUGCAAUAUGUGUUAGAGCAAUUUGCUGAGUUCAGCAUUUGGUACUCUUCUAUGUCAAAUUUCUAAAUAUAAAAAGUUAAAUUGCUAAAAUUCUGUGUGGUAGAAACCACUGUAAGAGUCUGAAUCUGAAUGGAAAUUUCUUAUGAAACUCAGGAAGCAAACAAAUAGCUGUGGCUUCAGGUCUACAUAAUAAAAGAUGGUACACAAGUGAACCUCAAAGGCAAAUAAAUGUGUAGGUUUUUUUGUUAUUCUGAUGUAUGUUUAUCUAUAUGUUACUUCUCUAUGAAUUUUGAGCCUUGUUGACCUGGACUUCUUUGGUCCGUUUUACAUCAUUAUGUAGAUAGUACAGUUGCAGUUUUUUUUUGUUUUUUUUUUGCAAUAUGAGCGAAUCCCAUUUAUCCUUUUCUAUCAUCAGUUUUUCAACAAUUUCCUUGGUCAGUGAUAUUCAUUUACAUAGGUUAUGAAACAUUUAUGCAGUAGUUUUUAUUUGAUCUGGAGUGUACAUUUAUCUUUACAAUGGUAAUAAAUGAUCUUGUUGGUAUAGAGGACCAAUGUACAAAUAUAAUAAAAUUUAUUCUGAAAAGUUUUGUGUAAU